AUGGGUGGAGAUCUGAACCUGAAGAAGUCAUGGCAUCCAGGUCUGAUGAAGAAUCAGGAGCGCGUAUGGCUCGAAGAGAAACGCGCUCUUGAUGAGCGCAAACAGAUUGCGCAGCUACGACGUGAACGUGAGGAGGAGCGCCAGAUGGAGGAGAUUCAACGCCUUCAAGAAGCCUCCGGAAAGACCAAACAAGUUAGCCGGGUCGACUGGAUGUACCAGGCACCCUCGACCGAGACUGGGCACUACUCGGAGGAGAUGGAGGGAUAUCUGCUAGGAAAGCGACGCAUCGACGGAGUUCUUCUGAAGAAGGACGCUGACACAAAAAAGCUGGGGAAGGGUUCGGAGGUGGUGGGCAACGGUGCGGCGGCCGGCCCAUCUAUUGUCUCGGCGCGCGACACCAUGUCCAAGGUUAUGGCGGAUCCACUACUUGAAGUCAAGAAGAGAGAACAGGCCGCUUAUGAGGCGAUGGUGAAAGAGACGAUCAGACGCAAGGAAAGAGAGAAGGAACGCGGAGAUCGCGAUCGCGGAAAGGAUCGUGACCGUCGCCAUCGCACCCAUGACUCAAAACGCAGACGCUAUAGUGAUGACGCUGAUGAUGAUCGCCGUGACCGCCACCACCGAAGAUCAUCACCUCGACGACACCGAUCUAGAUCACCCGCUUCGCCUGAUCGAUCUUCCCGCAGACACCGAAAUGACCGUGAUCGUGAACGCCGCGAUAACGAACAUCGCUCAGACAACCGUGACCGGAGAAGUGACGAAAAUCGAUCUCGCCGGGACGAUAGAGACCGGGAUCGAGACCGUCGCGAAUAUCAAGACAGGAGAGACUCCCAUUCCAGCCGACACCAUGAUCGCGACGACCGAGGUGCCCGGCGAGAGCGCUCACUAUCCCGAAACUCCCGAUCCCCUCGCCCAUCAAGCGAUCGCAGGGAACGCCCCGCCGUCGAGGAAGAUCGCCGUCGUGACUUCCCCGGGCGCGAAUACAAUAGUCGACGUGACUCUGGCCGGGCCAUGGGGCCACCCUCGACCCGUCCCCCAACAAACAAGCCCGAUCCCAAGGAAUUGGAAGAGGAACGCCGCCGCAAAUUGGCAGAAAUGCAGUCCAACGCCUCAGAGAUCGAAUCAGAGCGACUCAAGCGAAUCACGGAGAUCUCUGCCAAGGAGGAAGAGCAGCGGCAAGCUGACGAUAGGCUGCGCUCAGACCGUGGCAGGUUCAUGUCUGAUGUCAAUAGGCGAGUACAGGAGGAUACCUUGGAUGAACGCAUUCGACGUAGCCGUGGUGGACUUGCGAAGAUGGAGGAGGAUUAA